GGGCAGCCCUGGUUGUGUGGAAAAAGUGGGUGGUGUCGUGUCGGUGCAUGGUGAGCGGGCUGAGCGCAGACAACUUCACCAGUUACUAACGUGUUGACAGCUGACCCUGUACCGACACAAAGCCUGCCACACUGCGACACUGCGACACUUUCUACCGACACCAUGACUUCUUGACCACCAGGAUAAAUCUACGCAUCAUGUCAGCGCACUAAAGCCGUGGGGAAAUCUCUCUAAAGUUGCUCCUAGAGUCCAAAAAACCGCUACUCCUCCGCGACCGCAUCACCACCAAACACCAAGCUCAAAACGUUGGAUUUCUUGUUUAGCUGGAGUUAACGUUUUUUUCCCCCCCGUUUGGACAUGAUCUGAAGGUCAUGAGGUAUGGAGGCCGGAUCAGUGGUGCGAGCUGUGUUUGACUUCCUGCCCAGUGUCUCAGAGGAGCUGCCUCUCUUCAGUGGAGAUGUUAUCGAGGUGCUUGGUGUUGUUGACGAGUUCUGGUUGCUUGGAAACAAAGAUGGCGUCACAGGUCAGUUUCCUGUCACUUUUGUGGAGGAGGUCACCAUACCCAGCGCUAAGCCUGAAGAUAGACUGUAUGUGUGUAUCAGUGACUUUAGCUCAGCAGAACCUGGAAACCUGUCCCUGAAAAAAGGUGAUAUGGUGGUCAAGGAGACUGGAGGCUCCAUGAACUUGAGUGAAUCAUGGCAGCGUGGACGAAACGCCUGGGGGGUACGUGGGCUCUUUCCCUCGUCAUGUGUGAAAGAGCUUAACCUGUCCUGUCGCUCACGGUUACUCUCUGAGCGCUCUAUUCAGUCUUCAGAACUUCCCCCGUACGCCCUGGGACAGGCCAGGGCCCUUAUGAACCUCCAUGCUCAACUCAACGAAGAACUAGACUUUCGAGAGGGGGACUUGAUUAUUAUUACUGGUGUUCCUGAACCGGGCUGGUUUGAAGGCGAGCUAAACGGGUGCAGAGGGAUAUUUCCAGAGGGAUUUGUCGAAUUGUUGAGUCCACUUUGCUCCCCACAUGUACCUAUGGACUGCCCCUACUUAAACAAUGAUUGUGAUACUAAUUAUGGAGAUGAUAUGGGAGAAGGGACUGAUGAGGAGGUGGUACAAGAAGCAAAGGCUUUUGAACAAGAACAGCAAAAAGACAGUGUCAUUGAAGAAAUUGAGGAAGAGGAUGAAGAGGGUGCUGUGUACGGCAUAGCAUUGUAUGAAUUUCGAGCUAUGGAGCCGGGCGAACUGGACUUUGACGUAGGUGACCGUAUACGGAUUUUAAGUACUUUGGAAGAUGGUUGGCUGGAUGGUAAGCUAAAAGGACAGCAUGGUAUUUUUCCACAUCGUUUUGUCAAAAUAGAAGGCGCAGACCAGCCAAAAACGCAAGAAGAAACUGAUGAAAUCCAAAUGGAGGAGGAGGAGGAGGAGAAGGAGAACAGCUAUCCUUCAGAUGAUAGCUCAUGUCAUGUGACUUCUCAUGAGUGGAGAAGCUAUGAGGACAAUACAGUUUGGGAUUUGGACUAUUUUGAGGAGCAGAGAUGGCAAAGUGAACAGACAAGUACAGGUAAUCAAUCUUAUAAUAGUAGGGAGAGAGAUAGGGGUAAUAAGUUGGAUCAACAAACUUCUAGACCUGGACGACGACCACCAGAGAGGCCAAAAUCUGCCCCUCCCCCUAGACCAAAACUCCCCCCAAGACUCAACCUACCUGCACAUAAUAAUAGGCACUUCAAUCAAAGUAACACAACUAGAUCUAAUCAUACAAGUAAUAAUAGACAUCUGAGACCAAAAUUGUCGCACAGUUUAACUCUCCCUAACUCUUCCUCAAGUUGGUCAAAAGACAGCAGAUCUCAGCAUAGACCUCCAGUGGAUGGUAGGAAAAAUGCAAGUUUGAGUCAGGCAUUGGUUAACCUUCUUGAUAGUGAAAAGCAAGCAAGGCCAACUCGUCAUGGAAGUUACAAUGAUGCAGAUAGGUUGGGCAAAGCAGAGACACUGCCUAGAUCGCAACAAAAUAAUUCAAAUGGAAAACGUUCAUCUAUUACUUUGGAAGCUCUUGCAAACACUGCAAGUGAUUUAGAAACCAAGCUCUCCCAGCAGCUAUUUGAAUUUGAAAAAAGUUUGGUGUCAUCUUUGAGUGACAAUAAUAUGAACCAAGGGGACCCAAGCAACCAUUUUUCAAGGCAUUUUUCUAUACUGGACUACAAUAGUGAAAGCGAUAUAAUCCGUGGCACUUCAAAUUCACCCGUUUCCCAUUUAUUACAAUCCAACUCUGCAUCUUCUUCACUGGAGAGACGCAGGACACUCCGACCACCCCCACCCCGCCCAAGAGCGCAUCGCCCCCUUGUGCCCGCUCCCCGCAAACCAGCCCGCCCUCCUCCAAGCCCCCCAGCUCGUAUCUUAAGACAAAAUACAACCCCAGAAAGACUGGAUUAUGGAAAUAACCCUAUUUUCUACAAUCCUGAAGAGCCAGCCAUGGACAUCUUAGACCAGCCAAUAGCAACUGAAGAAUAUGGUGAUCUUGCUUUGGCACAAGAAGAGGAAAUCCAAAAACAACUGGAUGUUGAGAAAGAGUUAGAGAGAGAGUUUGAGAUGCAGAGGGAAGAAGAGGAGAGGUACCAGUUGCUGUUAAGGCUGCAGGAGAUCGAAAACGACAUAGAGGCCUACGCACACACUGCAGAGGAGCUAAGGAUGAUGCUGGAGGAGGAGGAAGAUGAUACGGCCCGGAUGCAAGCGCUUGAGAAUUUAGAGUUCUGUAACUACACACUGGAGACGCUGGCAUUGGAGCAGCAGCAGCUACAAGAAAUGACACUACUGUCAUCACAACCUAAACCGCUAGACUCUCCUCUGGUCGCUGAUGAAGCCCCAGCUCCGAGCGCAGAGGCUGAGGAUCCAGAUGUGAGGAUGCUGGAGAAGAGGUCAAAGGUCAUCGAGGAGCUGCUUCAAACUGAGAAAGACUAUAUCAAGGACCUGCAGAUGUGUGUGGAGGAGAUCAUAGAGCCACUGCAACUGAAACAGAUGAAGAAUGUGGACUUUGAGGGUCUCUUUGGGAACAUCAGUUCUGUAAUAGACCUAUCCCAGCGUUUGUUUGAAGAGUUGCAAGACUCAGACUCUAUAGGGAAGGUAUUUCUCACCUUCAAAGUAGAAUUGGAGGAGGUCUACAAAAUCUAUUGCCAAAACCAUGAUGAUGCCAUAUCUUUACUGGAGACAUAUGAAAAAGAUGAGACAAUCCAGCAGCAUGUUCUGGAGUGUCUUGAGAGAUUGAGGGGUAAGACCAACUACAUAAACUUGGGCUCCUUCUUGAUCAAGCCGGUGCAGCGGGUAAUGCGUUACCCUCUGCUGCUGAUGGAGUUGCUGGGAGCCACCCCAGACAGCCAUCACGACCGCACCGAGCUCACGCAGGCUCUGCAAGCUGUCAAAGAAAUCAACGUCAAUAUUAACGAAUACAAGCGAAGGAAAGAUCUUGUGCUGAAGUACAGAAAAACAGACGAGAACACAUUUAUUGACAAGAUCUCAAAGCUGAGCAUGCACUCCAUCAUCAAGAAGUCUAACCGCGUCAGCAGCCAUCUCAAACACCUUACAGGAAUCUCACCACAGAUAAAAGAUGAAGCGUUUGAUGAAGCUGAUAAGAGAUUCCGAUUGCAAGAAAGAUUGAUCAAGUCUUUCAUCAGAGACAUUUCCUUGUACCUCCAGCACAUACGGGAGUCAGCCUCUGUGAAGGUCCUGGCAGCCAUGAGCUUCAGUGACAUCUACUCCGACCGCAGCGUGCUGGCUCCUGAGCACUUCCAGAGGGCUCACCGCUCCAUCAGUGACAAACAGUUCACUGAGUUUAAGGAACGCACAGAAGCACUAGUUAUCAACCCUCUGAAUCAGCUUCUGCUCAUGUUCGCUGGACCCCACAAACUCAUCCAGAAGAGGUUCGAUAAACUCCUGGAUUAUGACAACUGCAAAGAGCGUGCCGAUCGGCUCAAAGACCGCCGUGUGCAGGACGAACUACAAGUGGCACGCAACACCUACGAAGCACUUAAUGCACAACUGCUGGACGAGCUGCCCAAGUUUUACACCGCAGCUGAUGACUUGUUCAUCGGCUGUGUCCGGGCAUUCGCUCAGGCCCAAAAAGACUUUAUGAAGAUGACAUUGGGAGAGCUACAGCCUCUCCUCCAGUUUUCUAGUAAACUUGGCAAAGGAAACCUGAUUGCCAAAUUCCAAGAUGAGCACAGUCUCGUUCUCCAGCUCCUACAAAGUUUUAGUUUCUGCCCGGAAAACCUUCCCCCUGCUGUAACCACCAACAAAAAACCUUUUGAGAAGAAAACACUUGAAAAACAGACAUCAAAAAAACAGCUACAAACUCAGCCUCCCAAAGUCCUGCAGACAGAUGAGCACCGCGCAGAGCUGCUUGUGCGCUAUGGUCCUGAGAAACUGUUCCAGGCAGAUAGGAACUUUAAUGCAGCUCAGGAUCUGGAUGUCUCCAUACAGGAAGGAGAUCUCGUGGGGGUCAUCAAGCAGCAAGACCCAAUGGGAAGCAAUAAUCGCUGGCUCAUUGAUAAUGGAGUGACCAGGGGAUUUGUGUACAGCUCCUUCCUCAAGCCCUACAACGCACGCAGGAGCCAAUCUGAUGUCUCCAUUGAGAGCCAGUCGUCCAAUGAAUCUGGAUAUGGAGGUUCCUCCCCAGUCUUCUCACGUCAAAACAGCAGCAGCACCUUAACAUUCAACCAGGACACCGCCACUGUGAGCUUUACCACAUCACAACCCCCAAAUCAGUCUUCACCACACCCCUCUCUAGACUCAGAAUCCUCUAGAAGGAGCCACAAUAGAGAUGCACAAGAUUUAGUCAGUCAAAGCAACUCUAUGACCUUACCUUCCACUCCCAGAAAUUCAAGUCAGAAGGAGUACUCAAGUCAUCGUGAUGCAGAUCUUCCCUAUUGGCAUUCCGGCAAUCAUAGACACUCUUAUGAUGGAAAUCGUGCAAGUCCAAGUAAAUAUAAGGAAGUGUCUGAUCAAUCGGAGACGGACUCUAGUUCAUCGUCCAAUAGGAAUGGACGGUUGCGCUAUGGACAUGCUGAUAAAGGGUAUAAUUCCCCUCAGUGGAGAAAUGAAAAUGGUGAAAAGAGGAAGCCUGCUGCCUACUCUAGAGAUGAAUAUAUCGAGCCAGAGCCUGAACCAAAAGCUGACGAUUUGGAUGGUCACCAGAUAUACUAUGCACUCUACUCCUUUAAUGCCCGCUGUGCCAAUGAACUGAGCAUUUCAGCCAAUCAGAGACUGCGGAUUCUCGAGUUUCAGGACAUGAACGGCAACAGCGAAUGGUGGCUUGGCGAAGCGGAUGGCAAACGUGGCUAUGUGCCUUCGAACUACAUCCGCAAAUCAGAAUAUACAUGAUCUAUGUGACUUAAUACUAUGAGCAAGACACAAAAAGACACUUAUUUUUGUCAUGAAGUUUGGACCUUAAGUGCUGCUGAAAUGGUAUACUUAUAUUUAUAGAGUUUUUAAAUAUUAUUUUUUACAUAACUGACACAUUACUCCAACCAAUUGAAAAACUUGUGAAUCUCACCAGACGGUUGCCAUAAUCUCUGGAUCUUAAUAGUAUUGGCACAUGGGACAUUGCAAUGAAAUGUGAAUGUUUCUGAUGAUCUGACUUGUAUGCAGAAUGACCUAUGAAUAAUGUACUAAAGGAAUUUCUGCAGGAGGUGUAGAUCAUUACAUUUACAAAUGUGUGAACAAAUUUGAAGGCACUUAAAUUGUUUCAUUGGAUAAAAGUUUGACAUGCCGGUCAGGCCAUAGACAACAUUUGGAGUGCUUUGAAAUGUGUUAUGAAUCAUCUGAAUAAAAGCCAAGUAUUGUACACA